AUGGCGGCUACCGCAGCAAGUGCCAUGGCUCAUCAAUUGCCGCCCAUGUCUAUUCCUGCCAUGCCUCGAAUACGCCCUCCACGACUACUGAAAGGAGAUCCACAUCCUAAUAAUGCCGCAAUGCCACCCAUAACCUCGGACAGCCCGAGCGCGAAAUGGGUGCAAGGCAAAUGGCGGACGGGAAAUUCUAAAGCCGUCAAGAAUAAAAAGGCAACCCAAGACAUCCAAGUCACAAAGGCCCUCCGACAUCAGACGCAUGGCUUGGACAUAUACGCCUAUCGCCAUAUUCGAACGAACCAGGUGGUCUAUAGCUUGACAAGGACGUUGCAGGAAAACAAGGUUCUCGCCCAACUGCUCUAUCAUGGCAAGAAGACUGUGCCUGCCACCGUCCGCAAUGACAUGUGGACGCCUUAUUUCUCUAUACAUUUCCCACCCACGCCUGCCGGAGCUCUGGAAGGUCUCUUCGCUUUUCAGAAACUGCGCGAGCUCUCAACUCAGAGGCAGUUGUCCCCUCCCGAGAAUCUGAUUCGAGCCACUCAAGAAGAUAUAGACAUUGUCAAGUCAAAGUUAGGGUCUCCUACAACGUUACAAGAAAUGGCGGCCCGCGAUGAGCUACAGGGCAAGAUCCCCCAACUCAACGAGAUCCUGCCGAAGAAACUGCGCGCACAGAAGUUGAUGGAUCAGAAAGCUACCAGCGUUGCCGACGCGGCAUUUGUGCUGGACUGGAUACUGUCAGGCCCGAGUCCCUGGGAGCGUGUAACAACAGUGGCCAAGAAUCGAGCCAUCAAGGCCACAGAAUUGUCUCGCAACUCAGUGGCCAGGCUAAGGAAAAUCCGCAAGGAGAUCGAACAGAAAGCCGCCGAGAUCCGGCGACGUGCUUCUUUAGCAGUUGAGAGUCUCGCUGAUGGGGACCGAGCGUCCCUGCGUCUUACCUUCGAUGCCAUUCGCCAGCUCAGCAUGGAACAUCGCAGCAUCAUUAGUGAGAAGGGGGACAAACUCGACGAUCCCGACAACCAACCCUCGAUCGAUAUCGACAACCUCCAGCAAUAUGAACCGCGUGCGAUACUGGAGGCCGAAAACAAUGCUUUCAAAGAGCGCAUACAGAUGGCCAAGUCCGCCGAACACGAGGCUAUCAAGGAAUGGUUCCGGCACAACGAAACGCCUAGCACGGAGAUGGGCUCGCUGUGGGAUUCCGUGUCGCUGGCCAGAGAGAACGCGCUGGACAGCUACGACACACAGCACAAAAUGAGCAAAAUCGCCGCAGCAGGCGAAGCGGAAACCGGAUCAGACCAAGACAACACGGGGACUACCACCACGAAAACCGACACCGUCCAAUCCAGCCUCUCAGCCCUCAAGCCCGACUGGGCCACCGAACCGCGCUCUGUCAAAAUGUACUGGGCGGACGUGAACGACGGACUGUUCGCCUCGUCGUGGCCCAGAAACGUGAUUCACAGGUCUCUUGCGCCCUUUGGCGUGGCCAAGGCCUGGACGUGGGCGCCGCAUCUGGACGAAGCAGGGAACCUCAUCACGGACAGCCCACGCGUCAAGGUCGCCAAGGUAGUGGGUAAGAGCGUGCACGUGAUGGGCAGUAGCGUCGACGACGGCUGGGUGACGGAGGAGAUGCUGCAAGGAGGGAAAAGACCCCCCGUGUGGGCGGAGCCGCCUCCGCCGCCUGCCCCCCAGGAGGGAAUCGAGGACGUGCAGGUCGAGUACCAACGCUUGGACGAGGGGAUGGCAUCAUCUAGAGAUCCUGCCGCGUUCCACGACGAGGAUAUCGUGGUCGAAGAGAGACGCCAGGGCCUCUGGGCACGCGUUCGGCGCAUGUUUGGUCGGUGA